AUGCCUCGUAGCCCAACAUCAAGUGAAGAUGAAAUGGCACAAAGCUUUUCCGACUAUUCUGUUGAAUCUGAAUCAGACAGCUCCAAAGAAGAAACUAUUUAUGACACAAUUAGAGCAACUGCAGAAAAGCCAAGCAGCAGAAUGGAUGACAGUCAGAGCAACACAUUAGUGAUUCGAAUUAUAAUACCUGAUCUGCAGCAAACAAAAUGCAUUAGAUUUAACCCAGAAGCUUCAGUGUGGGUUGCAAAGCAACGGAUUUUGUGCACUUUGAAUCAGAGUUUGAAAGAUGUCCUGAAUUAUGGACUGUUCCAGCCUGCAAGCAAUGGUAGAGAUGGGAAGUUUUUGGAUGAGGAACGACUUCUUAGAGAAUACCCACAGCCAGUGAAUAAAGGAGUUCCUUCACUUGAGUUUCGAUACAAGAAAAGAGUGUACAAGCAGUUCAAUCUUGAUGAGAAACAGCUGGCCAAGCUUCACACGAAGGCUAAUUUGAGAAAAUUUAUGGAUCAUGUCCACCACCUCUCAGUGGAAAAAAUCACAAAGAUGUUGGACCGAGGACUGGACCCAAACUAUCAUGACCUAGAAAGUGGAGAAACACCCCUAACUUUGGCAGUUCAGCUUGACAAUACAGUAGAAGUGAUAAAAGCUCUGAAAAAUGGAGGAGCACAUUUGGACUUCAGAGCCAAAGAUGGAAUGACAGCUCUGCACAAAGCAGCCAGAGCCAAGAACCAAGUAACCCUCAAGACUCUUUUAGAGCUUGGAGCAUCUCCGAACUACAAAGACAGCUGUGGCCUCACACCAUUGUACCACACUGCUAUUGUGGGAGGGGAUCCUUACUGCUGUGAACUUUUACUUCACGAACACGCUACAGUCAGUUGCAAAGAUGAAAAUGGAUGGCAAGAAAUUCAUCAGGCUUGCCGAUACGGACAUGUCCAACAUCUGGAGCAUCUCCUUUUCUAUGGUGCCGAUAUGUGUGCACAGAAUGCCUCAGGAAACACGGCGCUGCACAUCUGUGCCCUGUACAACCAGGAGAGCUGUGCAAGAGUGCUGCUCUUCCGGGGAGCCAACAAAGAGAUUAAGAAUUACAACAGCCAGUCUCCUUUUCAGGUGGCUAUAAUAGCAGGAAAUUUUGAGCUUGCUGAAUAUAUCAAGAAUCACAAGGAAGCUGAUAUUGUGCCCUUUAGGGAGGCUCCCACCUAUUCAAACAGAAGACGGAGACCCCCAAGCACCUUAGCAGCACCUCGGAUCUUGCUUCGUUCCAACAGCGACAACAAUCUCAACAUCAACAACCUCCCUGAGUGGUCAGCCUCCUCCUCUGCUUCUUCACACCGCAGCCUUUCACCUCAUCUACUUCAACAGAUGCAGAAUAAUCCUAAUGGAACUGUAAAAACUGUGGGGAGUUACACUCCGUCCUCUCGGAGCCGGUCGCCAUCCCUAAACAGGCUGGGAGAGGAUGCCAAACGGCAGCAGCACAGGCACAUCAGUGCCGUUUACAGUCCUAGUGCCAACAAGGAUACUCUGUCUGCCUUGGAUUAUCAGGGUCCAAAACGCAAGCUUUACAGCGCUGUACCUGGAAGACUUUUUAUUGUCGUAAAGCCAUAUCAACCUCAAGGAGAAGGGGAAAUUCAUCUGCACAAAGGAGAUAGAGUCAAAGUUUUAAGCAUUGGUGAAGGUGGAUUCUGGGAAGGCAGCACCCGAGGACAUAUUGGAUGGUUUCCUGCAGAAUGUGUUGAAGAAGUUCAGUGUAAACCAAAUGAAAGCAAACCAG